UUUUCGCAUAGAAACGUACUUGUCUUUAAAAAGGAGCGUACAUUUGCUUUUUACAAAGCAUCAGGCUUAUGAGGUCAAUACAAACAUUUUUUUCUUAACAUUGGUAACGAAAAAGUACAGAAUUGCGUAAUUUCGGUGUUUUAGAGACUCUAGGUUAAUAUAUCAAAAGGUAGGCUUGACGAGAAAUGAAGUAUAAACAAACGAAUAAAUAUAUAGGCUACAAACAGAUGAAUAAACAAAUGUUGAAAUAUAAAACCAGCACAAACAAAAACUUAAGUAUUGAUAUUGGCAUAGAUGUAAGCCAAUGCAAUGAUACGCAUAUGCCAAGUGCGUUUCAUUUCCACAAAUUGUAUUUAUUUCUGAAUUUUUCCGUUGAUUUGUACAUAAUUUUCUCGUCUUCCAAACGCGUUUAAAGCGAUAGCGGAGGGAGAUUUUCUAGAAUAAUUCCAUAUAUUCUUAUCACCAAAAUAGAUGUAACGUUAUGGUGUUUUAUCGCUCACAUAUAGAGGGCAGCAGUGAGUCAACCAUACUUGCAAACAACAUCUACGCGAGGAACUCCUCAUGCCUCGCUUCAGAAAAGCAUGAAUCUCAUCCAAAUGUUCGCUGUAAAAUGCCUUUAGUAGUGUUGUGUGGAUACCCGUGCAGUGGUAAAACCCGGCGAGCUCAUGAGCUGAGAGAUUAUUUCUCUCAAAAUACAGAAAGAAAGGUUCAUGUUAUCGGAGAUGAGGAUCAAGGGAUUGAUAAGAACUCUGUAUAUUCAGACUCACAGAAAGAGAAGAAUCUGAGAGGUGCACUGCGAGCUGAAGUUGAGAGGAAGGUCAAUAAAGAUGACAUUGUGAUUCUUGAUUCCUUGAAUUACAUUAAAGGAUACAGAUAUGAGCUGUUUUGUCUUAUCAAACAUACACAGACGCCACAUUGCUUGGUGUACUGUUUAACAUCAGCUGAGGUGAGCUCAGAAUGCAAUAAAUCCAGAGAGGUUGAUUCUCAGUACACUCAGGAAAUUCUUGAUGGGCUUAUAUUGAGAUUUGAAGCGCCUGAUUCAAGGAACAGAUGGGAUAGUCCACUGUUUACUAUUCAGAUAGAGGACGCACUUCCAUUUGAAGCCAUCGGCGAUGCGCUUUUCAAAAGAAAAGCACCUCCACCUAAUCAGUCCACGCAAAGUCAACCUCUCUCAUCUACCAACUUUCUGUACGAGUUGGACAAAGUUACACAAGACAUCCUUAUGGCUCUUCUUGACACACAGAAGACCAGCGUCCCUGGAGAUCUUAUAUCUAUCCCUGGUGCUACAGAAAAGAUCAAUCUCACAAGAAGUCUUAACAUGGUGGAACUGAGGAAACUCAGACGCCAGUUCAUCAGUUACACCAAGAUGCAUCCAACAGAGAACAUUGGACAGAUUGCCAAUAUGUUUGUGCAAUAUCUUAAUAAGAGUAUGCACUAACUAUGCUCAAAAUGUGUUUUAAAAUGAGUAGUCAAUGGCAUAUUUAUUGUUUUCUAAUUAAUUUCUAAUAAUUAAUUCUAAUUAUAAAAUGUAUUUCUUUUAAGUGCAAUAAAAUUUGAAAUCUUUGCAUUAAUGAAUUUGAGUAUUUAUACAGGUGAUACAGAAAAACUAGCAAGAAUCAUCUAACAGUUCUUGCCUUUUGCCAGACAGCUGGGUAAAGUAUUUUUUUCCGAAGAAAAUAACUCAUUAGAAAGAAAAAGUUUAAGAGAAAGAAUGUCCCCCAUAAAGUUGUCACUUUGAAUUGGCACUUAUAGUAAAAGGCGGGACACUAGAAAAAAGGAUUAAUACAGAAUUAAACACACAUUAUCCAUAUGAUCAUCACACUACAAUGUAUGAAGGGCACAUGUAAAAAAACAUUUCUUUAGCCCUUCCAAAGAGUGAAAAAAGAAAAACCAUAAUCAGCAUCUACAGACCGUACUUAAAUCUUUCACAGACAACAUCUUUAAAAAGGUGUUUUCAGUCUUAAAUUGUGGUUUACAAACCUUAAAAUGACUGCAAGGUUUGAUUUAAGCUGUAACGUGUACCCACAGAUGUUUUCUCACUCCAUAUGUGUGAAGGCUAAUCAAAUAAAGCAUAAAACUCAUUGA